GCUGGAGACUGGAGUUGCAAAUUGUGUGGUUGUAGAUCAUAAUUAUUUUCCUAUUUUUUUUUAAAUUAGUACUGUUUCGUUGUAAUUUAUAAAUUUUUAAACAAAAAGUUUUAAUCAAAAUGGGAUUCCCUGCUUAUUUACUUGGGUUAAGUCUGCCUCUUAUUGGUGGUGUUGCAUUAGGAUUAUUUUUAGCAAACUUGUUUAACCAAGACGUACCACAGCAGAUUGGUGGAUCAUCAAACCAUUCCCGUGGUCGUCCCCGUCGACGUUCCCCGAUUCGUUAUAACCAAAUAUGCCCAGUUUGCCAGGAAUCAAUUGAGUCGGGAAGUUCACAGAAUCUUAAAUGUGGACACGAACUUCACACUAAAUGCAUGUUCGAUUUGUAUCAAAGGAAACUUCAAACAUGUCCGCUCUGCAGGGAAAAAAUAUUUUAAUUAUUAAGUUAUCCAAAAUCAGUGAAAGCGCUAUACUCGAAAUUAAACAAAAUCCCUUUAUUUUCCAUAAUUUAACUUAAUUUGUAUGUAUAUAACUCUUGUAUUUCAAUUGUUUUUUUAGAUUUUAAUAAAUAAAAGACUGUACUGAUAAGAUAAAUAAAUAUGUAUAUAAUUUAUUAUAAA